GUCUCUGGGUCGGCGCCGCCCGUGCGCGCCGCUGGCGCAGUGGCCAAAGCGGCUGCGGCUGCUCCAGCGCCGGAGAAGGCUUACCUGGCCUUGGGCCUUCCAGCACCGCAGAUAGCGCACGACGCAGAGGACGAGCCCAUGGACGACGAGGAGUCAACAGACGCCGGCAAGGCUGCAGAGGACAGAGCAGUGCUGUCCGCCCGCCUGAUGCGCUUCUUUGUCACGCUGCCGACGCUGUCGCGCUUCCACGCCGGACUGCUGGUCGCCGCCGCAGAGGCAUUCUUCGCAACUCGGAUGUAUGCCCCGGGAGCCAGCGACAGCUCCAAGCCCACGCCUUUGCCCUCUGCGCUGCGUGCGGUGCGCUUCGUCGGAGCCCGGCUGCGGGAUGCUAAGGCUAACCUGGAGUCUUUCGGCGUGGACGCCGUGGAAAUGCAGCUCCAGGUCAUGAGGUGUGUGGCCGGAGCCCUGCUCAGCGGACCGCACGUGGAGGCCAAGGCAAUGACGGAAGCUUUAGCGGCCGGCUUGGUCGUGGCUGCGGAAGGCGGACCCCCCUUCGACUGGGCCGGGGAGAAGGCCCCCGACCUCCGCGAAGCCACCCGGGCGCUGCUUUGCGACUGGUCGCCGGCCACAACGGCCCAGGCAGCCACGGCGCUCCUGAGGGAGAUCCAUGCUCCCGGCCGACCGUCUGCAGAAGCGGGUCGGGAAUUCGCGCAGGAUAGCAUUGAUGAGGCAGCUCAACUGCGCCACGACUUGUCCGCCUUGGGCCUGGAAGCCCCCAUGCCCGGAGUGCAGCUCGUGAGCAACGCCUCGCAUCUGCCGAACCGACGUGUCGGGUACUGGCAGCCCAGAGCUCCUUCUCCAGAAAGGAGAGAGCAUGAGGAAGCCGAGGAGAGCGAUGAGUGUGAUGACCACGAGGAAGAGUUGGUCAAACGCUGGGAACUCAUCGACGAGGCAGGGCUACGGAUUGCCUUGGUGCCCCGCGGGGGCGGGCUCACCGUGGGUCGUCAUCCUAGUUGUGAUGUUUGCGUCUCCCUCUCAGCAGUGAGCGCUCGCCACUGCGUGCUCUCCUGCCUGGCAGGGAGUGGCGACAAGGAGUCCCUUGUCCUCCGUGAUCUCGGCAGCUCCAAUGGCACAUUGGUGAAUGGCAUCCACAUCCAGAGCGGGAGUGAGCUGGGACUCAGUGGUGGUGACGCGAUUUCGUUGGCAGCCCGCGACGGGUACUCCUUCACGGUCCGGCUCAGCCGUGUAGCGCCGUCGAUGGCGUCUCCGCAACGUGGCAAGCGUCCGAUGGAAGAGGAGCAUGCGGACGAACGGAACGUGCGUCCACGGACAGAGCCACAGGAGCCGACUGUCGGCCAGAAGGAUGCCGCUGUACUCAUCGACAAGGCACCGGUUAUCCGGCGGCGCCUCCGCCGCAAGACGCCGGAUACUUCCUGGCUCGCCCAGGACCCGAGGAGAGAGCCAGCCGGACCGGAUAUGGGCGACAUGGUGGAGGUCCAGGCCGAGCCAGCGAGGUCUGCAGCAGUUCACGCUGAGCCUGACAUCGAGCAG